GUCGGGCGCCGAGGGAGGAGUGGGGUGCACCCCCUACCCCCUGGGUGGGGCCCAGGGGAAGAAAGCGAGCGUCUAUUCGGUCUGCAAUGGGACGCCGCCGGCGCAGGUGCGCAGAGGGAGCUGCUCUGAUGAAGGGGUAAGAAAGGUCUCGCGUGUCGCGGUGUGAGUCGUCGGCGGUGGUGAUCGGGGGAGACGGGAGGAUCGUCUCGCCCUGUGAUCAUCGACCCGAACGCCUCGUCCUCGCUUCCGACCUUCCAGCGCGUUCGGCUACAGCGCUGCGCUCAAUGGCCCCGCCCCGGAACCUUGUGUCGCCGGAACUAGAUGCCAAAGUUCCUCUCUUGACUGCCGGACGCGACUCUCAGGGACGCUUCCGGUGAGGCAACAUGGCCGCGGCUGUUCACGACCCACGUGUGCGUGCGGGGAAAAAGCUGAAACAGUCACUCAAGAAGAAGAAGAAGAUGAAAACGGUAGCCAGGGCCGUAGCAUCGGAGCUGGAGGAUGAGGACAAAGACGCUGCUGGCAUUGGAGCUCCUGUAGGAAUCGCUAGAUCAGAAAAGCAUCACUUUUCUUCUGAUGAUGAAGCAAUAGAAGCUGAUAAUGAAGAUGAACUUGAACCCCAUGACAAUGACAGUGAAAAUGCCGCAGAAGCUAGUGUUGGAACCAAUGUAGGCUGGGCAGAUGCCAUGGCUAAAAUCCUUAACAGAACAACUCCUAAAAGUAAACCUACCAUUCUGGUCAAAAACAAAGAGCUGGAUAAGGAAAAAGAAAAGUUAAAGCAAGAAAGACUAGAGAGGAGGCAACAGCUUGAUAAGAAGCGGGAGUGGGAAAUGCUGUGCAGAGUAAAGCCAGAUGUUGCCAAAGACAAAGAAACGGAGAGAAACCUUCAGAGAAUUGCCACGAGGGGUGUUGUGCAGUUAUUCAACGCUGUUCAGAAGCAUCAGAAGAAUGUGGAUGACAAGGUUCAGGAGGCAGGAAGCUCUAUCAGAAAGCGCGCCAAGCUGAUAUCCACGGUUUCCAAGAAAGACUUCAUCAGCGUUCUGAGAGGGAUGGACGGGGGCACAAACGCGAAAAGUUCGGCUGGAAGGAACUCGAAAGCCAGACAGACGGAAGCGAAAGAGGAGGGACCAGGAUGGUCAAUCCUCCGUGACGAUUUCAUGAUGGGAGCAUCCAUGAAAGACUGGGACAAAGACAGCGACGGCCCAGAUGACAGCAGGCUGGGAUCUGCAAGGGACUCGGACACAUAAAGCUACAUAGAACACGCAAUGUGCAGCCAUGUCAUUUUCCGUAGAAAAAUACUGCAUGUUCCGAAAGCUGGGGAAUUAUAAGGCUACUGUUCGUAAGAAACCCACAAGACUUUUAUGAUUACCAACUUUGAUUUUUCACAUAAAACUUGAAUAAAAUUAUGUUUUCAAACUUGGUAA